AUGGAGGACUAUGAUGCAGGACCUCAUGUGGGUCCUCCCAAUGAGCCUCAAGAUCGAGCCGUUUACCAUGACGAAAGUUCACUAGGAGAUGACCAGCUAGACGCAUUCGGGACCUCUGGAGAGAACAGUGGCAAGGUCCUCCAUGUUGACAGAGAACACCGUCAUGGAAAGCGGCACGACGCUGCUGCCUCUACUACUAGUGCUGCCACCAGCAGAAGAAAGCCUGGGUCAGCCAAACCGAUCCUUCCAAGACGUCAAAGUACUAGCCUAGCCUUGAGAGCUGUUACAACGCAACCAGGAGGGCGGUUUGACAGCUUCAACACUUUGCCCUCCGGCGCCGACGGAGGUGAUCUCGUAGCGAGGCUCGUACUACAUGCUCAUCACCAAGUAUACUCUAACUUCUUCGUGGGCGAAGCCGCAGAGACCAGUGUUCUACCAUACACAAAGCACGCACUACACCACGAACAUGCAUACUGGGGAGCAGCGUGGUUCUCCGCGACAAGUCGACGGUGGCUGGCGGGCGGAUCGCUGCAACACACUCCGCAGGAGAUGUUCUUCUACAGCAAAUCGCUCGAGUCGUUACGGCGAGCUCUAGAUGAUUCUUCCCUUGCAACUCAUGAGAGCACCAUUUCUACCAUCUUGCAUCUCUCCUUCCCACCAUAUCUCCCCCUCAUUGACAGAAGCAUACCGUGCCCGAGACAGUCAAACUUCAAGACGUGGAAUCUGCUGCAUUUGGCGACGGGCCUCAAUGUCGCUGAGGAGCAUAUGAUCGGUCUCGCCACGAUCGUAAGGCUCCUCGGUGGAGUGCAUAACAUCAAGAGCGCCCAGAUCCGGCGAUCAGUGUGCUUCCAGGGUAUCCACUUCUCCGGAAGACAUCUGAGAGCGCCUCUCUUCCCCUUCGCCAGUCUCCAUCCCAUCGAGCACCUCGUCCAGGGAAACAGACUACUGCGAUUUCAGACCGGGUUCGAGUAUACCCAAUCCUCCACACCCCAGAUUCGCGGCACUGGAUUCCACGAUGUAACAUUCCCUGAAACGCCUUCAGACUCACCACAACCCAGUGUGGUAUGGGGAUAUCUUGCCGACAUGACCUCGAUAUCCGACGACUAUGCCUCGGGCGGCUCUAUCAUACGCUACGCAUCGCUAAUUCUCGACCAGAUGCAGCUCACACAGCACAGUCUCUUAUCACUCCCUCCCGCUGCCGAUCUCAACAACCAAUACAAACAAGAGAAGGAGGAGCUGCAAGACAUCGCCCAGGAAGACAAUGUCUCGGGGCCCAGCACAAGCCAGCUGCGGUUCGAACUCCAACUUCAGAUCUACGAAGUCACACGGCUGGCAGCGAUAUGCUACGCCAACUGCGUAACCUAUCCGACCGACUAUUCGACAUUCCCGCGAAUGCGGCUCGCCAGGCGUCUCCUCCUGGAACUUCAAAAGCUAAACGACACAACAGAUAUCCUGGUGCAAUUGACCACGCAGGAGAUCCGCCUCGUGUUCUGGGCCACCGUUCUCGGGGCGAUCAUGGCGGUGGGCCACGAGACCGAGCGAGAGGCGUUUGUGACGCUGGUUGGGCGCGCCGCCGCCGACGCGAAUGUCUCGAGCUGGCUCGAGGCUAAAGAGAUCAUGGAGUCGUUCCUGUGGCAUGCGCAGACGGGCGAUGCCGAUGCGCUGAAGCUGUGGAUCGAGGUGCAGAAUACCGUCGGCAGGAGGAGUGUCAGGCGCCAGCCGAGCUUGCCGACCCGGGGCUUGGGGACACGGCUUGCGAAGGGUUGA